GCAUGUCUGUAAAUAGAAAAUUUUUGUAGGAGGCUUAUCAAACUUCUUCAUGACAAACUUUUUCAUUAAUUGGAGAAUUUUCCAUAAACAUUUCAAUAUAACCUGGGUUCGUCUGAGCUUUUAAUCUUGUGAUGAAUGGAUCAAAAAUACACGUGUAUGCACCACGCUCUAGCGAUUCAUUAUUGUUUUAUAUUUACAGACAUGGCUUAUAUUUUUGUUAUACUUUCUCCGUUGUGACGAAUAGGAGAUCAUUAUAAUGUGAGCGCUUAAGUGACACAGCGUAGGACUGUCAAGAGCUAAAAAUAUAACCCAGUUUUUUUCUUUGAAUUAAAAUUAACCUACAAUGUAUAUUAUUUCGACUUUCAGAACCAUCAACGUGGAAAAGGAAUUAAAGGAACAACGUCCUGUUGAAGAAUGACUUGGUUUAGUGCUUUUCGAGGAGACUUUGGAUUUUCUUUCUAUGGACAAAAGAGGACACCGGUUACCAUAGAUAUUCAACUUGUUAGUGCUAUUUAUGCAUGCGUUCUGGUUUCUGUAGCAACGAUUAUAGUUGCUCUUGGAAUUCGUGGAAAAGAAAGAUGGAUUAACUUAAUCCGAGUUGUAUUUAGUCUGGGCAUUGGAACAACUAUUAUUUUGGCCUCGUUAGGGUAUUGUUGGCAGUACGGCGAGGUGCAUGUCAAAUCAACGUAUAUCUACAGAUCAGAGGAACAAUUUUCUGGAACUCUUGGCAUGUUUGUUGGCCUUCGAAGAAUCAAUAUUACAUUAUCAGGUAAUUUCAAUCAAUCAAAAGGGGAGAUUAACUACAAUGAAGCGGUGGAAUUGGAAAAUGUCAGGGGCCCUAUCCAAGAAUUGCGACAUUGUUUGGGAAGGGGACUGCCUAUCCCCGUUCUACAUCUUGUAGAAUACCUGAGUACAGACGUUGGUGGUAUGAGAUGGGGUAGGAGCUACACUGGGGCUGGAUAUCUGUCCCAUAUUCUGCUAUGGACCUCGUUUUCGUUUUGGAUUCUGACAAACAUAAUGAUGGUGACUGUGGUUUUCUAUGGCGCCUUUUUACUUACCUUAACUGGGAUCACAAUGAUUAUGGCUUGUGUUACCUUCCACGUGCUGCAACCUCGCCUUGCCUUUAAAAUAAUGGGAAGUGACGUGGACCUUGUGACUUGCUAUGGCCCAUGCUUUUGGGCAGUUUUAGCUAUAGGUAUCAUUACCACAAUAGUUGGGUUUGUGAUAGUUGGUCUCGACUAUAAAGUUCCAAAAGUAGCAGCCAAAUAUAUUUUGAUAGAGAAACCCUUCGUCAAAGAAGAUGUAUACACAAGUGAACAUAGGAAAUCCAUUGCUAAUGUACCACAGCAGAAGUAUGAUUUACAAAAGAUGUCUUCUGAUCCAUAUGGCAUGGUCAACCUCGGGUUUGAUCAUAAUGAAAUGCUACAAACUCGAGAAAGUAGUUCUCCUGGACAUCAUGACCAAAUGAAAAGGUGCAACACAACUCCAGGAAAACUCUCUCUUUCGCCUGAGCCUUCACCUGUUCGGAGAGGCUCCCUGCCUGCUCGCAAUACUGUCUCGUUGAAUUCAAUCAAUGAGCAUGAGUCGGAGGGUUCAAACGAAAGCCCUCGACUUCAUAGGUCCCCUCUACAAUACUGCAGAAAUGAUAGGAACAUUCAAAUGACAACCUGUCCAGCCAUUGAAGAAACAGAAAGACUGGACAGGUUGAAAGAAAUCUAUAUAGACGUUGACAUGCAGCAAAAUGCUUUACAAAGAACCUUCAAUGCUUUAUAGCAAUAGCAAUCAUAUCUGAUUGAGUAUAUUUGGUGCGAUUGAGAAUGCUCAUAAAUUGUGUUAGUGAUAAAGUGUAGCUGUGCGUGCUAUGUAUGACAUUUGUAUGGUAGUUUACUUGUCAAUUUAUGAAUCUGUCUCAUUUUUUGAUAUUAACAUAAUAAUAAUUAUCUUGUAUAUAACUUUUAAAUGCAUUUACGUGUGAUUUCUAUUGUGCCAAAGCUGAAGUUAAUGCGCCAUAUGGUCAUUAAAGCGUACUUAGUUGAAGUUUCUCUGUAUUAAAUUUCAGAGCUAUGCUUACAUGCUUUUUUCUUCACUUUCAUCGAAAUUUUUAAAUCAGGAGACACAAAUAAUUGUCAAUAUAGCAAGGUAAGGUUUAAGAAGCAUCACACCUGGAGUCAAUUAUUUAUAGUAAUCCAUCAUUUUUCACUCUAUUCAAUUUACCAAAAAUACGUGCUUGAUGGCACCCCAGCCUGUGUCAAUUUAGCAUUUUAGUUCGUUUCUACAAAAUCUUUAAUUUAUUUGAUUAUUUGUUUGAUUAAGAUAGAUUGCUCAUGACUGUGAAAGUUGUUCACAAAGUCAUCAAUUAUUAACAAACAUUUAUAUAUUAAUUCAGAUUCAAUCAAAGUUCUAUCAAACGCAUUGUUUAAAGACAGUCUCGCAUUUAUUACGAAAAAUAACGGCAUAAAUUGUUGGUUCCUAAAAUUGAUCACCUAUUACAGAUUUUAAUUUUUAAAUACAAAAUAAACAAUAUAAAGAUUGAUUUUGAGUCUUAGAUACAUACAUACAAGUAAAUGUCAACGUCCUAUUAUAUCGAUUUGAUUGAUUCCUUUAAUAGCGUAUAGAUUGCAAUGGAAAUGUUAUGUUUCUCUAUACACUUAUUUUUCUCUCAGUGGAUAUUAUAAAACAAUUUCUGCGUACUUUAAGUAGAUAAUUUCGAGCACUGUUGUGUACAUUCAUAGGUUACAUUAAUGUUAUUAUAUAAUAUCAAUAUUGUAUUAGUUGCAUUGAUAAAAUUAUGUUAGUUCAUUUAGUGCUGAUAAAUUGCAUAUAUUCUUUUUACAUUGUUUUAUUGAAUAUAAAAUAAAAUAUUUAAAAUGAA